AAUAUUUUAUUUUGAAAUUAUUCUUCAUUACAACAUUUUUCUUUGUUUUUUUGCCUGAUUUUUAAUUUGUUUAUUUUUAUUUUCUCUAUAUAGAAAAUUAUAAAAUACACGCUACUGAUAUUAAUUUAACAAAAUUUUAGCAUACAUUUGCAAAUUUCCUUUCCAUUUGAUUAAUAUCUCUUAUUUGUUAUUAUUUUAUUUUAUUUUUUUUUUUUUAAUCGCAUUCUUAAAUAUAAAAAAUGGAUCAAGUAAGAGAAUUAUUUGAAAGUCCUCGAUUUGACUUUUUGAGAAGUUUAAUUCCAAGGCGUGCUACUUGUGGCUGUACCUCAUUUUCAAAAGCUAAUUCCGUCUCCCUUACCUUAACCAUAUGUUUGGUUGUAUUUUCAAUGCUCCUGGCAAAUUCUUAUUUUGAGAGUCGCUAUUUGAAACCAAAAGAUAUACUUGAAGAGGAAAGAUUGCAAAGGGGAAAAACUGAUGAAGAAAUUGAAAAAAUAAAGGCCAUGAACGAGGCAGAAAUGACGCACGCAGUAUGGAUGUAAAAUUGAAUAAUCUAGAAAUACUAUUCCCCGCCACCGCUGAAAAUGAAACGGACAAAUGGCACAAAAUGAAUCGAAGGGAAGCAGAUGUUAGAGAGCAUAACCCCCAAACUGAAAAGUAAAUGAACUUUAUUGAUAUCAUAUCAUAUUAGAAAAAUCCUGGUAAUCAAAAAUGUAGAAGCCAAGGUUUUGAAUGAAGCAUCCUAUCAACAAGGGGUAUAAUAUAACGUUAUAAGUUUUGCUGUGUAUUUAGAUGCAGAAGCAAAACAUUUUUAUCGAUAUUAACUCCUAUUUGCAAAAAUGAAUCUUUUGACUGUACACAUGUGAAAGAA